UAUGUGUUAUGGAAUCCCUUAAUUGAUAUGAAAAAGUUAAACGAAGCAAAUUAUAUUAUGGAUUACUUGGGAUCUAUUUUUAAUAAAACUAUUCAUUAUUUCAAUUAUGUUAAUAUUCAUUUAUGGAUUAGUAUAGAAUCUAAAGCUUUCAAAUUAUGUAAAAGUCCUGCUGAUGGUAGAAUUUCAGACUAUACGCUCAACAAUCAAAAAAAUACUCGUUCAUCUGUCUUUUUAGAAGUGACAAGCCCUAAACAUGAAGAUGAAGAAAAAAAAAUUAAUUGA